UUCCUUAUUUAAUCACGCUUGAAAACUAAUUUGCAAUUAUAUUUUCAUGAAGGGUUUAUUAUCUUAUUUCAUCAUGCUACAGUAGUGACAUAGUAUAUUGUCAGUGUCCUUCGACAGUCCCAGGAUAUACUCCCGAGGUAUAUUUUUCUAAUUUUCAAAACUUAUCCCUAAGUGAUGCAAUUUCCCGCUCACUUGUAACCUUGCAGCACGUUACAUGUGGAGGGAGAUAGAUAGGAAUAGCUUAUUGGCAAAUACAUUGGUGCGCUUGCCAGGCUAUCUCCGUCUAUCUUUCUCCACGUAUUGUAAGCGUGCUGUAAGCGGGCGUGAAGUGACAUCAACAAUUGUCAAACAUAAUCAGGAAAUUUUCAGUGUACUUUUAUUUUCUUACCUACUAGCAAGAAAUCAAUAUGAUGCGAAAGAAGAAAAUUCUUAUGGUUUGUUUAGGGAAUAGUUGUCGCUCUCCUAUGGCGGAAGCAGUGUUUCAGGAUCAAAUCCGAAAAAUGGAUUUGACAGAUUUCUGGGAGGUCGAAAGCGCCGCUAUUCUGGAAUAUCACGUAGGCAAUGAUCCUGAACCUAGAGCGACAGCUACACUUCAGAAAGCCGGAAUUACGGAUUACUCUCAUAUCGCAAGAAAAAUCACGACCGACGAUUUUUACAAAUUCGACUGGAUAUUCGGAAUGGACGAAUAUAUUAUCCACGCAUUGUGUGACAUGCAACCGAAAGAUAGCCAAGCAAAGAUAGAACUACUUGGGAAAUACGAUCCAGCUGGAAUAAUUGUCAUAAGAGAUCCUCUCUUUGAUGUUGGUAAUGCCGGAUUUGAGAAAGCAUUUCAACAAGCUUUGAGAAGCGUACGCGUAUUCUUGGAAAUUCACAAAGUAUUUCUCAUUUCAUCUUUCUAG